GCUUUACAGUUGCUGGUCAAACAGUUCCCCGAGUAGCAGCUAAACAGGAACACUGACCGACUGCUGUUAGGAAGUGUGGGAGGGAAGGGAUUGCAUCUGUAACAAAAUAUUACGUUUUUCCAACAAUGGAGGACUACCAACCUAACGAUGAGGUUUCCUUUAAUGCAGAUGAAGCCAGCAACUACGUGAAAGAGUGCAUUGAAAGUAUCAUUGGCGGGGUGGACUACAAUCAAAACAAAGUGAACCAGUGGACAGCCAGUAUUGUGGAACACUCUCUAACGCAGCUUGUUAAACAAGGGAAACCUUUUAAAUACAUUGUAAACUGUGCUGUAAUGCAGAAGAGUGGGGCUGGUCUACACACAGCCAAUUCCUGUUAUUGGGACACCACUACGGAUGGAAACUGCACAGUAAGGUGGGAGAAUCGGACCAUGUAUUGUGUCGUAUGUGUUUUUGCAGUUGCUGUCACCCUGUAGCUGUUUUGAAAGCUGGACAUGAACACACACUCACACACAGAGACACACCAAAGCCUUGACGAUCUAAUGCUGUUUUUGACAUUGAGUGUAAUAACGCAAGGACUUAAAAUGAGUUGUUAAUGAACACACAGGUGUGCACUGUUCUAGAACCAUGCACCCAAGCUACAGGGAGGGGUAUUUGAAUGGCUGCUUUAGUAGAAAAUGGAUGGAAGGGUUGAAUGUCACAAUAAAGGGGCUAUGUUUUUUGAUAAGGAUUUGUUAGUGAACACGCAGGUAUGCACUGUUCUGGAAUCCCAAGCUACUAAAUGACUCUUUACCCAUUAUUUUAUUUAUUUAGUGAUAUUCUGUGAUGAAAGCACUCUAACACAGGGGCCUCUUGUUCAGGGGCAGCUGGUUUUACCAGAUAUUUCUUAUGAUGUCUUGGUACUGUCUUAAGUUCAGCAUAGAAACCCAAACAUUUUUUUGUUUUUUUUUGGGGGGGGGGAGGCUUGUGUCUCUUAAGUGGUGCUGAGUGACUUCCAUGGUAUCAGCCAGUCAAUAGUAGUGUACAAUAACAAAACCAAAGCUAGUCAUUUUAUUAUUACCAUUUUCUUUACAAAAAUGUCUUAUUUAAUUAUUAAAGCGCAGCAUUAUUAUUAUUAAGAUCCUGAAACAGCAAAUUCAAAUACCCCUUCAUGACAAAGGACAACAUUGUUAAAUUGUGUGUGGUCAUUUUUCAGAUUUCACAGUCCUGUGCAUUCUGUUUAGAUUAUGCGUACAAUGUUUACGGUUUUAAACCUGAACCAAGUAUUUGCAGCUGCUUGACAUCUUUUACACAGGCUUCAUAUCUGCAGUGUAGUUUGCAGGUGAUUAUAUAUAUUUUUAAACUUUUUUGUUAACUGAAAUAAGAUUGCAUAUUAAGAAAUUAUUUUGGCUACCACCUAGAUCUUUUUUUUGUUUUGUUUCUGACACAAUCCAGCAGCAAUGUGUUUAUGAUCCACAAGACGGUGGUAUUGUAGUUUAGGAAACAACACCGCCCACCCAACAUCAGAGAAGAAACGCUCCAGUAACAUCAGUGUGUUGUCUUUUAUGUAAUGUGCAAAUGUAUUCCACAUAUUACAAAUAUGAUUUUUAAAUGUUAUAAGUUCAUAAGUAUGAAGUACAUUAUUUCACAGUUUAAGAGAAAUCAGUUUGGUUAAAGUGAGAAUAAAUUCUGCAUUGUUUUAUUGGAGGCGAUGCAGGUGAUUGUAUGCAGCCAUGUAAUAAUGUGUGUGAACAGCAGGGGGCUGUCUUACACAUACACAUGCUUUAAUAUUGAACCAUGAACUUUCUUCUAGCAGACCUGGGAGAAAUAGCUAUAAUAGAGACUUUGUAAGUACCUCUGCAGUCUUGGUUAACCAACUCAAUAUAUAAAUUGAUUUGAUGAGUAAAUAAAACAGAACGUUAUAAUGUAACUCAUUUUAAUAAUGUUAUGUGAAUUUGCAGUAAUUUAUCAUUUCACCGGCAGCUUGUAUUAACUGGAUAUGUUAAUUCUUACACUUAGUUGAAAUAAACUGGUUUGUGGUAUUAUUAUAUUCUCUGUGAUGCAUUUAAUGAAUUUAUUUGUAAACACUGCAAAAAUAUGUAAGUUAUAUUCAGGAUUGUGAUAGCUUGCUGUUUUACAUUGAAGAAACUGUAAAACUGGAUAACAUGAAAUGUCUCUUUAAUAGUGUGAUCAGCUGUGUAUUACUGAGUAUAUAUGUCUCACUGUUAAUAAAAGGUAAUAAUCAUACCAUA